CACUCCCCGGUCUUCAGAGUCUUUCAAGCGGCUAACGGGUACGCUAGGACCUUUCUAAAUUCUGUUCCAACAAAGAAGACUCGUUUCUCGAUUAGGGUUAGGGUUUCAGUGUUUGCUCUGUCGGUUAACUUACGUUUCCCUUCCUCUUUCAUCGCUUGCGUUUCGUUAGCUAUGGAGUCUGCUCUAGUGAUUAAGGUAAAAUAUGGAGAUACCCUCAGGCGCUUCAGUGCUCGUGUGGACCAGAAUAAUCAACUGGAGUUGAACAUGGCUAGGUUGAGGGCUAAGAUAUGUUCUAUCUUCGGUUUCAGUUCUGAUGAAAAUUUAAUUCUGCGAUAUGUUGAUGAAGAUGGUGACUUGGUGACUCUGGCUGAUGAUGAUGAUUUGCAUGAUGUGAUGAGGCAGCAAUUGAAGUUCUUGAGAAUUGAUGUACAUAUCAACAAUGACAGUUGUGGUAAAUCGAAUGCUGGGUCUAGUGGAAGUGCCACUCCCUUGGAACCUCCCCCUGUCAGAAACCCAUUUCUGAGUAGGGAUGCUAUAGCUUCAUAUCCUCUGCCAGAGCCAGUACGUGAGGCUCUUUCUAAGUUAUCAAUAUCAAAAGCUGCAUCUUCAAGUCCUCUGGUUGAUAAUCUUGCCCUUUCAAUUUUGAAAAUGGGACAAGCCCUUCUAAAUACUAGUUUUCAGCCUCGUGAUGAAGCUGGUACAAGCUCAAAAAGUGGUGUUCCUGAAGAACAUGUCACUUCUGAAACAAUAGGUACGAAUUCUCCAAAUGUGGACUCAGCCUCCAAACAGGUGGAGGCUGGAAACGUAACCAGAGGUGUAGUCUCUGCCUCCAAUGCCAGUCAACAGGUGGACACUGGGAAUGUAAUUAGAAGUGUAACAACAGCUGCAGGAGUUGCUGCCGUUGAUCUCAAUAGUCCUCCAUGUGAUCCCGAUUCAUCUCAGUCUGCAAAUGUAAUUAAGACUCCACUAUCAUCAGAAGUCCCUGAUGGAGAAGGCAUGAAGGUUAAAGUGUCUGCUGUCGGUAGUUAUGCUGCUAAGGGUGACAGUGGGGGGGCAUCCUCAAGUUCUGCAGGUCCUAAUUACAGUUCGACCCAGAUUAAUUCAUUGAGUUCUGGUUCUUUCAUUGAGUGUCCAUUUUCUGGGACAUACAUACCACCACAUCUUAGAAACUCUCAUAUCCCCCCUUUUAAAAGGAGCCACAGUCACACUGAGGCAAUGACUGGAAUGUUUCACAAAGGGGUUCGCUGUGAUGGCUGUGGUGUCUAUCCAAUAACUGGACCUCGCUUCAAAUCCAAAGUAAAGGAAAAUUACGAUCUCUGCAACAUUUGUUUCAAUGAAAUGGGUAAUAGGACAGAUUAUAUCAGAAUGGACCACCCUGCAUCUUCUCGUGGCCCUCCAUGCGUAUAUGGGCAUACAAAUAACAUUGCAACAUUACCACCACAUAUUUUUAAGAAAGGUGCAAUUUUGAAGCAUGGAAGGCCAAAGCUUGAUAGUCAGUUUAUUUUGGAUGUCAAUGUGAUAGAUGGUACAAUGAUGGCUCCAUCUACUGCAUUUACAAAGAUCUGGCGGAUGCGCAAUAAUGGCUCUAUGAUGUGGCCCAAGGGAACUCAACUUGUUUGGACUGGAGGAGACACAUUUAGUUACUCCUGUUCGAUUGACUUAGAGGUUCCCGAGGAUGGUGUCCCUGUUGGGAAGGAACUUGACAUUGCCGUUGACUUUACAGCACCUCAGUUACCUGGUCAAUACACAUCAUACUGGAGGAUGGCAACUCGAUCUGGACAUAAAUUUGGCCAACGUGUUUGGGUCUCUAUACAGGUUGACGCCUCUCUCAAGGACUCAUUUUAUGAUAGCUCUCAAGGUAUGAACUUGAAUAUUCCCCUUGAUGUGAGUGGCUGUAAAGGACCCCAGGUUAUAGAUAUCAAUGUUCAGCCUAUUGAGGAUGAUACUUUUCUUCAAACUAGCAUUCCUAAUGCUCCCAUUGAACCUGUGAAUCAAAUGGUUGAUAUGGAACCAAGGUUGGGCCUGGAAAACGAAUCCCCUACAAAUGAAGCUACAUUUGUUGGCCCUGCUGCCUCAGCCCCUGCAACCUCUGUGGCACCUUCAUCAGUUUCUUAUCCUAUUAUUGAUUUAGCGGAAAGAGCCCUAGCUGUUCCCCCUAAUCAGCAAUCCUCAAAUGUGGAUGUGACAUCAACAUCUCUAGGGAUUGGUGGAAUCCCUACCUCUGUGGAGGAGAGUCUACUUAAAGAUCUUGCUGAGAUGGGUUUUAAGGAGGUUGAUUUGAACAAAGAGGUCUUGAGGAAGAAUGAUUACGAUCUGGAGCAAUCAUUAGACGAUCUCUGUAGUGUUGAUGUCUCUGUUAUUUCUGAGUGGGACCCUAUCCUUGAAGAGUUACAGGAGAUGGUAAGGUUUCCGCGACAAGGAGAUGAAUAAGAGGUUGCUCAAGAAAAACAAUGGAAGCAUAAAACGUGUUGUUAUGGAUUUAAUCAACGGAGAGUAGUUUUAAUUGAAAUGUCAGUUAAUAGUUAAUGUAAAUGUGGUGACUAGUGCUUAGGAUGCCUGUCGAAUACAUUCGCCAGGUCAUCAUGAUUAUCUAAAAUCCUUACUCGAUCUUUGUGUUGAGGUGAUAUUGUCAUCGCAAUUAAACAAUUUGAUCGAUCCUAUUAUCUCAGAUUUAAGAAUGUAUGAAUUCAACACUGUGCUUUCGUAUUUAUAUUGCUAAAUCGUUUUAGAUA